AUGGCCCCCGAAUUGAGGAAAAGAAAAGCUGCUGCUGAGCCCGCCAAGCCAGCUCCCAAGGCCGAGAAGCCUGCGACGAAGGGCAAGCGCAAGGCUGCCGAAGAAGCUUCUCCUGCUUCCGCAAAGAAGUCCAAGCCUGUCAAGGCUACGCCCGCGCCCAAGCCUGCUCUGAAGAAGACCACGAAAGCCAAGGAAGAGGCGCCCAAAACGAACGGCAAGAAGAAGGCUUCUGCGCCAGUAGAGGAGCCCGCCGAAGAGCCCGCCCAGGUCGAAAACGACGACGAAGAGAACGAGGAUGCGCUCGUUCUCGCCACCGAGCUAGACUCAGGCGACGAGGAGGAGACCGACGGCGUGACGCUCUUCGAAGAGGGCCAGGACGUCGGCAAGAUCCCCAGCGUCUCCAAGGCCGUCCGCGAGGCCGCCAGCAAGGCACCUAGCGGCGAGACCGGUGUCAUCUACGUUGGCCGCAUCCCUCACGGUUUCUACGAGCACGAGAUGCGCCUGUACUUUUCGCAGUUUGGCGCAAUUACCCGCCUCCGACUAUCGCGCAACAAGAAGACGGGCGCCAGCAAGCACUUUGCCUUUGUCGAAUUUGACGAAAAGAGCACCGCCGAGGUCGUCGCCAAGACUAUGGACAACUACCUGCUGUUUGGCCACAUCCUCAAAUGUCAGGUCGUGCCCAAGGAGCGCAUCCACGAGGAGCUCUUCAAGGGCGCCAACCGCCGCUUCAAACAGGUGCCGUGGAACAAGAUGGAGGGUAAGAAGCUGGAGAAGCCUCGCGCCGAGUCCGCGUGGGGACUCAAGGUCGAGCGCGAGACGAAGAAGCGCGCCGACAAGGCUGCCAAGCUCAAGGCCCUGGGAUACGAGUUUGAGGGUCCCGAGAUCAAGGCCGUACCUGCGCCUGGCGCUCCCGUCCCUGCGGAGAAGGGCAAUGCCACCGAGACUGAGGCUGUCGAGGCGGCUCCCGUUGAGGACUCCAAGGCUGAGGAGCCCGAGGUGGAGGAAGCCAAGGUGGAAAAGCCCAAGGCCAAGUCUCCCAAGGUGACAAAAGCCAAGGGCGGCAAGGCCAAGAAGGCCAAGGCCUAA